AUGAACGAUAGUUUUGGUGCUGGUGGAUUCAACGCAACGGCGGCCGGGGGAGCCGAGUCGGAAAGCAAAUCCGAGGGAGUGCUGCCCCUCGUCAUAAAACAGAUUCUGAAAUCGCCAGACAGUGGAAUAACGAUGUUCGGUCAUCACUACACAAUGAUCACAAUCGUGGCAAUCGUUCGCAAAGUCGAAUACGCCUCCACCAACGUAACCUAUCAGUUGGAGGAUCACACGGGAAGGAUCAAUGCCCAUUACUGGGUGGACGACAAUGCUCCUAACAGCACACCGACCGUCGUACCAAACUCGUACGCCAGGGUCGUAGGCUCCGUGCGCAAUCAGGACGGCAGCAAGGUUAUUAUGAUAUUUAAAAUUGAUCAGGUCAACUCACCGAACGAAUGUACGACCCAUUUGCUCGAAGUGCUGCACGCACGGUACAAGUUAGAGGAACAAUACAAACGCAAAGUCGAACUGGGGGCGAACACGAACGCCAAUGCCGCUUCGAACGGUGGCUUCAUGGAAACAGAUUCGGUGGGCGCUUCGCUCGGUUUGAACGGGAAACAGUUGGCCGUAUAUAAGGCGAUCAAAAGCCAUGUGUCCGCAAUCGGAAUCGACCGAAAGGAGUUGCAGGACAAAUUUAGCCACAUCAACAGUUCGGAAAUGGCAACCAUCAUGGAUGAACUGAUCGGAGAAGGAAUGAUAUACUCAACCAUUGAUGGUGACCAUUUCCUGUGUGUUGAUGCUUAAGUUACCCUUUCUAAUGAACAUUCUGUGUCAUGAGCAACAACAAUAAACACG